CGUCUCUGUCCCCGAAACAUGGGCGAAGUUCAGCGACAACAACAUCAAGUAUUCCCAGAACGCGCGGUCCAACACGGCUACCCUCUGCAAGGAGACGGACCACACGCUGGAGAGUACCUCCGAGGAGCUGUGGAAGCAGUACACGGACACCAACCUGGCGUUCAACAGGCGCAUCUCAGAGGUGGCUGAGGCCAAGAACCAGCUGCAGGCACAGCUAGCCAAGACCCUUCAAGAAAUAUUUCAGACAGAAAAUACUAUGAUGUUGUUGGAGAGAGCUAUACUCGCCAAGGAGUGCCCACUCAAAGUGGCCCAGACCCGCCUGGAAGGGAGAACGUGGCGGCCCAAUAUGGAGCUUUGCCGGGACAUCCCCCAGUUCAAGGGCCAGGGGGAGAUUGGCACCCAGCACCGAGUGAGCUUCCAAGCAAAGGCGGAGUUCCAACUUGGGUCUCUCAGAUUCUACGGGCUUGCCGUAUCUUUCACUCAUCUAAGCAGAGUCUUCUGGGGGCGGGGGGCGGGGGGCACUCUUGCAAACAGGUUUAGAUCGGCAACGCUGCAUCCUCACGCGUUCUGUAUGGUGGCUCCCAAUUUGAGGAGCCAG